AAAAAGGGCUAAGCUGAAUUCGGGUUGAUGCGGUCCUUGAAAAUGGAUUUGUAUGAACUCAUAUUAAGACUCAGGUCCAGGUCUAGGCCCAAACUAACUUUUACUAUAUGAAAUUUGAUCUUAGACAGGAUUAAAAUGAAUAGGGCCAAUUCAAGCCCAGGCAGGCCUGACCCAAUGAAGCAUUUAUCCAAACCUCCAAACUAACAAACAUCAUUAAAAUUGUGUUAAGCACGUUAAGUUCUACAUAACUAUCUCUUGGAAAUGGUAUAAUAAUAUACUUAUUCCGUCCUAUUCCAUUCCAUGUAAUAUGGGUGUAUUAUGGCAUACACGAUAAUUUACGAAAAUAGAAAAUAGGUCUGUCCUAUUCUAUGUAAUAUAGGUGUAUUAUUGUAGACACAAAAAUUUACGAAAAUAAAAAAUAGGGACAAAUUAUGUGGGACUGAGGGAGGGAAUAAUUUAAAUAGUAAUUCCAUUUAAAUGUCUACGCACACUACAACUAAUUACACUAAUAAUCAACUAGAAAACAUAAAAAUAAAAUAUAGCAUGAUAGUUGGCUGUCUAUAGUACCCUCCUCCAAUUUUUCGUUCUGCAACCACUUUUUGGCUCUUUUGGCUAGGGGCAUUAAAGUCAAAUCAUAUAUUGACCACCAAGACUUUGUCUUGCUGCCCAAGUACCCAAUCUCCCCUGUUACCUGAAGCUUCUCCGGCACUGUCUAUUCAGUCGCCGCCGUUGUCUUCUCCAUCUCAUUUUUCAGGCAGCUCGAAUUGCGUUAAUCUGAUCGCCACUGGUAUCAUGUCAGCUCGGUUAUCAAGGGCCGUGUUGGCUCCGUGCCGAUACAGGACGCUCUUCAUUGGUCGCCGUGACAGCAGCGGUGCUUCCUAUUCCAGUAAUCUGUUGCACUCCCCCAGUAGAUUGUACAAUCAGGUUUCAACUGGUCAGGUUUCUCUGCUGCAUCAUUCGGCCCAGCGCUCGUCCCCCUUUCAAUGGUUUGGAUUCUCAUCUGCAUCUGCACAACCCAAUGAUAAGGAACCUGCUCAACCUGGACAUGAAGAGGAAAUGAAGGUCAGUGAUGAUAGUUCAUCUGUUAAUGGUUCUGAAAUGGGACAAGAUUCUGUUGCUGCACGUCGGUCAAACGCAUCCGAGACCAUCAAAGCAAGAAAUAGAGGUACCAAAAGAGUUGCAUUUUCUGACUCUGAGUCAGAUGGGGAGAAUGACCUUUCAAGAGAGGAUCUGUUGAAGCGCGUGAUGGAGAAGGAACAACUGCUGAGUGCGAGGCAGGAAGAGCUUGACCAUAUGAAGGAUAAAGUUUUGAGGACUUUUGCAGAGAUAGAGAAUGUGAAGGAGCGCAAUAGGCGUGACUCAGAAAAUGCAAAGAAGUUUGCCAUUCAGAAUUUUGCAAAGAGUCUUUUGGAUGUGGCGGAUAAUUUAGGCAGGGCUUCUUCUGCUGCAAAAGAUAGCUUCUCAAAAAUCGAUGCAUCUAAGGAUACAACUGGAGCUGUUCAACAACUCAAAGCACUCCUUGAAGGGGUUGAAAUGACUGAAAAACAAUUAUCUGAGGUAUUCAAAAAGUCUGGUCUUGAGAAAUAUGAUCCUACAGAUGAAGAAUUUGAUCCGAAUAGGCACAAUGCUGUAUUCCAAUUACCUGAUCCUUCAAAACCUGCUGAUCAUGUUGCAGUUGUUCUAAAGGCAGGAUAUAUGCUACAUGAUCGAGUCAUCCGGCCUGCUGAAGUUGGUGUGACCGUUGCAACAAGUAAUUAGGAAGUCAAUCGAGUACUUGAAGUGGCACUACACUAGCAAAAUUCAUAUUCAAGAUUCAAGCUGGAAAAUUGGAUGGACCAACUCAUUCUUGUUGGGAUUUGCCUCCUCCCACUAUGUUGCUGGGGAUUGAAAAUGCUCUGGAUUUAUUAGUAUUUACCUUUUCAAAUAAGAUGCUAAAAAUUUUGAUUUCACUGCUUUUUGCUGGCAUUCAGCAACCACAGUUGUUUCACUGCAAAUAUAUAGGCAUUUGAUGGUUAUUUAAUAAUCAGACAUGAUAUACAUAUAUAUAUGUAUAUCCAUUGAACAUCCUCAGUAUGUUCAUUACAACUUGAUUUAUAUCCAUUUGAUCUAAGGUAGAUCUAACAUUUGAUUACUACUACUGCUACUGACUGCUGCUGCUACUCUUAACAUUUCUAAUAUCCCAUUUACCUUCUUUGUCUAACACUACUCUCCUAACUUGGCAGCGUUUCCUUCACCGCAGCUUUUGUUGGAAUCUGCUUGAUCAUCUUCAUUCACAUCCUGAGAUGCCAUGGAAGUUGUUAAACUCAUUUGUAUGCAUAAUGACAGGCAGGCAAACUGAUUGAUUUCUUGUAAAGUCUGAAUCUUUUAAUCAAAAUGAUGUAUCUGCAGAUGGAGAGAGAAGAUGUUGAUAGUAGAGAGAGUGCACCUGACCUGAGUAGUCUCUUCUGCAGAGGAGCUUAUCGGCGGAGAAGGAGAGAGGGAAGAUGAAAGUUGUGAUUGAUUACUCACCGGAGCAUAUCGGCGACGGCGCUUGCGUGGCUCUUCAGCGGCGGGUAUUGGUGUCCAGCGGCAUAGGAGCAGCGAAGAGGAGUCGUUCCGGUUGCUGCUGCUGCUGCUGCUGCCAUUGUUGUGGUUGGUGGAGCGAGAACUGACCCACUGCUUCUUCCACUUCCUGACAGGUCCGUUGAACACCGGCGCCGAUGGGCUCGACGAGUACCUCGACGCCGCCCGACUCUGUCUCGACCCCACGCCUUCCAUUUGCGAACUCUUUGGUUUUCGGGUGUUUCUGGGAGUUUCCAGAGGAGCGGAAGCUGUAGCCGAAGAAGAGAAGCUGUCGUGGCACAAAAAGGGCGAAGGUGCAGGCAGAGCUGCAGAUGACGUCGCUUUCUUGGUGAUGCUUUUGAGGUUUGCCUUCUGCUCUGCGUGCCGUUUGCUUGCUUGCUUUUAGUACUAUGUAAUUAGAGCAGGGGAUCAUCGUAAUGCUGCUGCAAUUAUGGAGUUUGGAAAAUCUACGACAUCAUAAUCACAGCCUCCCUUCCUUGUCA